AUAGCUCGAUAACGGCGCGAAAUGCUGCCUGUUAUGUUGCUACCGAUGUUUAUUCUGGGUGCCUCCUUCACUGUUCAGGGCAAGCCUUCUCAGAGGAAAGAAAAGGAUAUAUUGGUGAGAGUUCAUAGAGCACCAAAGCAGAAGAAAGCAGAUUGCGGUAAACAGUUGACGGGCUCCAAUGGUUCAGUGACGUCACCCAAUUAUCCGGGACCUUACCCUACUGACGUAACAUGCGUCUGGGUUAUUUCAGUUAAGCCGUCACAAGUGAUUGAACUAGAGUUUAAGUCUCUUGAUAUAGAGUACAGCAAAAAGUGUAAAUAUGACAGUUUGGAGAUUCUGGAUGGAUCUACGUCCAAGUCAGCCGAACUGGGAACAUUCUGUGGCUCGACAACUCCUUCACUUGUUCGCUCUUCUGGAAAAUCAUUGCACAUUACUCUGAAAUCGGAUGAGGCUGAUACAGGGAAAGGUUUCCAGGCAGUUUGGCGGGCAGUCGCUAACAACAUGAAGUGCGGGGCUACAUUCACUGACGAGAACGGUAGUUUCCAGACUCCUGGAUAUCCCAAUCAAUACCCCACCAAUAUCGAAUGCGAGUGGGUGAUAACUGUACCCGUCACUCACUCUCUAACUUUGACGUUUAACAAGUUUGAUAUGGAAGAAAGUUCAAAAUGCAAAUACGACCAUGUAGAGAUCAGGGAUGGUGACAAGGCCUCUUCGAAUUUGAUCGGUUUGUAUAAGUGUGAUAAACACUGCUGUGCGCGUUUGAAAUUAUCCAUGGUUAAGCACAUAGCUAUUUAUAGACCAACUUUCCCCAAACUCCAGCGAACACAUGUUUCUGUAAGCCGUUACUGUGGUUCUAGCCUUCCUGCUAAAGUGUAUGCGCAAGGAACCUCAUUGUAUAUAAAACUUGCCUCGGACGAAUCAGACACGGGAAAGGGUUUCCAAGUGUCUUGGACCAGUAAGCACCUAGGUGGAAAUACAGGUCUGCAAUUGUGUGGAACCAGUAAGACAGGAACAAGGAUUGUCGGCGGUAUUGUCGCCAAGCCUGGUGCGUGGCCCUGGCAAGCUGCCAUGAUCUGGGCGUUGGGGUCCGACAAGGGGAAGCAGUUUUGUGGUGGAUCUCUGGUGGACCCCGAAUGGGUCCUAACGGCGGCACAUUGCUUUGAUAUCACUGCAAACAAGAAAAUGAUGUUUAUUAGACUUGGAGAACACGACUUGAAUAAAAAGGAGGGAUUCGAACAGGAUUUUGCAAUCGAUCACAUUUACAUCCAUCCAGAUUGGGAUCAUCAUACGACGGACAAUGAUCUGGCCUUAAUACGACUCGACCGACCUGCUAAUCUCACUGGUCGCGUAAACACUAUCUGUUUGUCUGAACCAGAGUAUAAAUUUCCACCAAGUACAAAAUGUAUGAUUAGUGGUUGGGGUACUACUCAGGAAGAUGGCGCUCCUUCGCCCGUACUCAUGCAGGCCAAGGUACCAAUAGUAGACCGCCAGGCUUGUCGUCAUAACCAAUCAUAUGGGGAGAAAAUCACUGAGAACAUGAUCUGUGCCGGGUUGCGUCAAGGAGGUGUGGACAGCUGUCAAGGUGAUUCUGGAGGACCACUUGUAUGCAAGAAUCCUGUAAAUCGUCGGCAGUGGGUACAGAUUGGAGUAACCUCCUGGGGAAAAGGAUGUGCCAGGGCUUUGAAGUAUGGGGUCUAUGCUAACAUCAAAAAGUAUCUCCCAUGGAUCAACUUCUUAACCAGUACUAUUGGAGGAGGUGAGGGUGGAGAUGAUGUGUCAACACCUAUUCCCACCCUACCACCUAGUCUUCCACCCAUCCCAUCAAGUCUCCCGCCGAGCCUUCCACCUCUCCCUCCAAGUCUUCCGCCUCCAAGUCUUCCGCCUCCAAGUCUUCCACCUCCAUUACCAAGUCUUUCACCUCUCCCACCAAGUCUUCCACCCGUCCCUUCAAUUCUUCCCCCACCCCCAACAACUUCUCCACCUCUCCCACAAAGUACUCAACAAAGCCCAGGAGGCAAUACGGUUCCUCCGCUGCCCCCACAGCCUUCUGGAAAUGUUGAUCCACCACCUUUACCUCCGCCGCCACCAGAAUAA